AUGGAUGUGUACGAUUUGUUUAGUAGUUGCAGAAAGGGCGACAUUUGUAGAGUCAGAUACCUUGUUGAACAAAGGGAUGUGGACCUCAAUGUAAGAGAUAAAUGGGACAGCACCCCUUUGUAUUACGCUUGUCUCUGUGGCCAUGAAGAGCUGGUCCAGUACCUGUUGGCUAGUGGUGCUAAGUGUGAAGCCAACACGUUUGAUGGCGAGAGGUGUAUGUACGGCUCCCUGAAUGACUCCGUACGACGGCUGCUCAAAGAUUAUAAGUGCGUUGGUGUCCGCGCCAUGCAGCGGGAUGAUUUUAACUACUUUCUGCACAUGUUACUGGAGCAGGGUCAACACAGCGAUGUCAAGUUUUUGGUCCAUGGACAAAUAUUCAUGGCCCACCGAUGUGUUCUGAGUGCACGCUCCGAGUACUUCAUGGAUAUGUUUGAGAAAAAAUGGAAAGGGAAGAACCUGAUCACCCUAAAGCAUCCUUUGGUAAACCCUGCAGCCUUUGGAGCCAUCCUGCAAUAUAUCUAUACAGGACGAAUGGAUAUUGAUAUUAGCCACGUGGAGGACUCCAGACGACUUGCUAAACAGUGCAAAAUGGCAGAUUUUAUAGAGGCACUGGAGAAUAAAUGCAAACAGCUGUAUGAAUAUGUAUCCAACAAACCAGGAAUCUGUGUAAAAUUUCUCAGCCUGGAGCCUCACAGCGGUCAACUUCAGGAUGAGAUUGCCCAGUUAGCAGACUCUGCACUUCCUACUGAAUUAAAAGUUGGAUUUGGUGAACUUCCUUUUAACAGAGUUGACGGCUUCUCUACGUAUCCUGACAUCUGCUUCAGAGUAAAUGGUUAUGAUUUCUUGUGUCAUAAGGCAUUUUUCUGUGGACGCAGUGAUUAUUUUAAAGCCUUACUGGAGGACCACUUCAGUGAGGGAGAGCAGCUGCAGUCCCAGCCCAGCACCCCAGUGAUUACUUUACACAACAUUUCCCAUGAAAUAUUUAUCCACGUCAUGUAUUUCAUCUACACGGACAACACAGAGCUAACAACAGAGACUGUGUUUGAUGUGCUGUGCGUGGCUGACAUGUAUCUGCUGCCGGGGCUGAAGCGCCUUUGUGGGAAGACACUCGCUAAGACUAUAUGUGAGGACAACGUUCUGUACAUGUGGAAGAUGGCGAAGCUUUUUCGUCUCUCUCGGCUGGAGGAUUACUGCACAGAGUUCAUGGCCAAGAUCAUUGAUCGGCUGUUGGAGCAGCCCGAGUUUGCCCAGAUGAUCAAAGAGGAUGCCGAGUCGGUGGAGGAGCGACACGAGACCGACUCCGUCCCCUUGGUGGACGAAAUCCGCUACCACAUCGCCAGCAAUGUGCAGACAUACAGCGCGAUCGAGGAGGCCAAUCAGAAGCUGGAGGCCCUGGAGGAGCUCCUCUGCAGCAUUAACAUUGACUGCUGAAGGGUCGGCAGGUCGUGGUUUUGUGGCUGGAGCUCCUGCAGAGUUUUUAAGGUGGAUGCCUUCGGGAGGGGACAUAUUGUGGUGCAAACACCCGCAGUAAGAAAAACAUAUGCGUCUGUAUGUUAGUCGGUUUUCUUUUAUUUACAAUAUAUUGUACAGAAUAUAUAUUUUCAAAGGAUGCGCUGAUGUUACAGGGGCAUAUUCAGAGAAAGCUGUUUAUGUUGACUGUUAAAGGUUUCUUUGAGUGAGAUAUGCCAAUUGUGAGCAAAGAUAUUUGGUAUAAAGGUCUUGAGGAAAUUGUGGAAUAUAUAUUUACAGAAUAUACAGAAUAUCUUUGAAUUGCACUUGCAUGAAUUUAUUUUAGUCAUUAUUUGUAGCUGAUAGAACUUAAUCUAGCUACUUAUUAGUAAGGCAAGUGAGUACAUGCUGUGUACUGACACAACAGUACAGUAUAUGUUACUUAAUUUAUCCAGAAAAUAUUUUUAACCUCUAACUCCUUAUUUGGAAUCACAUAGAAUAUAGUUUUAUGAUGUAUUUCAUGCGCAGGAGCACGUAGCUUUUAUUUUGGAUCUGAUUGAAUUUGGCUGCAGAACUUCACCUCACUAUUCGACCUGUAACAUUCCUCCACAGUGAAUACUUGCACUUACUUACACGCCCUCUAACAUAUGUCUAAAACAUAUUUCCUGCUGCCCUGUAUGACAGCAAACCUCUCUCGUCUCAGUGUGUGCGCAAGAAAAUACAGUUGUUACAAAACUGUUUGCAUGUAAAAUCCACCAUCAACACAUCAUCCAUUUCUCAGUCUUACCCUGCUGUUAUGAAAAUGGAUAAGUAACUGCUCUUGGUUUUGGCAAUUAAACAUGGUAUUGCAAGCACAAAUAGUGUUUUAUUCAA